GAUCGGCUGACGAGCCUAUGACCACUUUCUACCGCUGUUGCAACCACAAAUGCGCUCAUAACUGGCGUGAUUGAAUUAUAAUUUCAUUUAUUAAAACAUUUAUUAUAAGGUGGAAAACAUUGUCUUGUUGAUAUGAGUGUUAGAAUAAUUAAAAGGAGUUUUAGUUUAGUGAUAAAAAGAGUAUCGCCCAAAAUGAAGAUUGAUAAAAUGGCUCAGGUAAUAGCAUGUUCUGAUCAGGCUUCGUAUGCUAGAGCUGCCCAAUUUCUAGCAAAUGGACAAGUUAUUGCUGUACCUACAGACACGAUUUACGGGUUAGCAUGCAGUGCUAACUGUCCUGAAGCAAUAAAAAAGCUGUACACAAUAAAAGGAAGAGAUGCUGCUAAACCAGUCGCAAUAUGUGUGACAUAUGUGAAUGAUGUACGGAAAUGGGGCGAAGCUGAACAUUUAUCUGAUGAUUUACUGCACAAGCUGAUACCAGGCCCUGUGACCAUAGUGUUAGAAAAAACUAAACUUCUUAACAAUCCAUACCUAAAUCCUCAUACUACUAAGAUUGGUAUAAGAAUACCAGACCAUGAUUUUAUGAACCGAUUAACAAAAAUAUUGGAUUUGCCAGUUGCAUUGACUAGCGCAAAUUGUAGCAAUGAGCCCUCGACAUUGUCCGUGAAAGAAUUUGAACAUUUGUUUGGACAGUUAGGGGCAGUCUUCGAUGGAGGUGUUCUGAGUAAAGGACUGGAUCAGAACAGGACAGGUUCCACAGUGGUGGACUUGUCAAAAGUUGGACAUUUUGAAGUUAUAAGAAGAGGCAUCUCAUAUGAGAGAGUUGUAAAGAUUCUGGAAAACCAAGGAUUUAAACAUGUUAUGUAAUUGUUUAUAUAUCUGCUGUGAUAGCUUACUAGUUAUAAAUAAAUUAUGAUUCAUUAUAA